GGAUUGUCAAAAUAGAUGCCAAAGACUUAGAGAAAAAUUUUCUCGCGAAAAGAAAAGAAGAGAACUAGAAACCCGAAGUGGCAGUGGAGCAUCUACAAGACGUUCUUAUUAUAUAACAACAUGAAAUUUUUGGAUUCUUUUGUUAAAAGCAGGAAAACUUAUACAAACAUUACACCACGAGGAACACAUUUUAUUUCUAAUAUACCCAAAACCAAAUGUAUUUUACAAAAGAGUAAGCCAGUUGAAACUAUUAAUAGCAUUUCUGCUCCAUCUGAGGUAUUAAAAUCUUCAUCACCAUUAUCAAUACUGUCGUCUUCAUCAUCUGUACCUUCAUCUCCAUCUCUAUCUUCAACCCCAUCUUUAUCGCCAAGUAUUAAUGAAAAUUCGUCAUUAAUACAAUCAUGCAUAAAAUCUACGCCAGAAAAUAAAGCAAUUUUGUCAUCAAUGCAACCAUGCAUAAAAUUUAUGCCAGGAAAUAAAAAAAACAAAGCAAAAUGUACAAUUAUGCAAGAAGCGGACGAAGUUGACAAAUCGUUUAUGAAUUUAUCAUCUGUUAUGUCUCAACAUUUCUCAGGUAAACAAAAAAUGGAUGAAGAUGAUGUUUUUAGUAGCACAAUUGCAUUUCAAUUACGUAAAAUAGAAGAACCACGGAAGGCACCAUUGAAAGGAAAGAUUAUGAAGAUUUUAUAUGAGUUUUAAAGAUAAUUUUUUAUUACAUCUUAUAACAGUUAUGUUAAAAUCACAUUAGGUUUGCUCUCUGUAGCUAAAGUGGCUGCACUAGUUGAGUUUAUCUUUUUCUUUCCAAUGUGGAGUAAAAAAGAUAAACUCUGAACUAGUAUAACCAGUUCAGCUACAGAGAACAAACCUAUUUCAUGUCGAGACGGUUCUUGUUGUACAACUGCAGUAGGGUUUGCAUAAUUGCAUACAAAUAUACAGCAAUCUUAGAGCAAUUGAAUAUUUUAAGUGCAAGUAAACAUUUUAAGUCAAAAUGUUAAGUUUCAUUGCAUGGACAAAAGCAUAUAAGACUGAUAAUUUUUUGUUUUUUUGUUUUAGUUACUAUAUAAUUUUGUCUGCGGAUAAUAUUUAAUUUGUUGUUUUUAUGCUUUAUAAGUUGCUGUGCACUAAAAGACUUAUAUUAAACGUUUUGUUUAUUUGAAGUUUUUUUAGUUUAUUUUCUUUUUAAUUUUAUUUUCUAUUACAAAUAAAAUAAGCAUAAAAUUUUUGUUUGCUUGAAAAUAAACUUUUAUUUAUAACUUUAAGACGUAUUAACGUGUUCUAUGAUAACAAAUAUUAUUUUGUUCAAAUGUAUUAAAAUUUUUACAUUUCAUUAU